AUGGCAGCAAUACUUAACGUUGACUUUCAAAAAUAUUUCAUCUUGAUCCUCCUAUGCUUCUUCUCGCUCCUCUGUUACUCUCUCUUCUUCAAGAAACCAAAAGAUGGCUCUCAUUUUCCUUCAAGUCCUCCGUCUCUGCCCAUAAUUGGCCAUCUUCACCUUCUACUCUCUGUUCGACCCCACAGGGCAUUUCAGAAGAUCUCAUCUAAAUACGGACCUCUCCUCUACCUACGCAUCUUCAACGUCCCCAUUGUCCUCGUCUCCUCGGCCUCGGUAGCUUACGAGAUCUUUACAACGCACGACGUGAACGUCUCGACACAUGGUAAGAUCUCAUCUAAAUACGGACCUCUCCUCUACCUACGCAUCUUCAACGUCCCCAUUGUCCUCGUCUCCUCGGCCUCGGUAGCUUACGAGAUCUUUACAACGCACGACGUGAACGUCUCGACACAUGGUGUCCGUAUAAUGGAGGAUUCUCUCUUGUUCGGACCUGAAACUUUCACAGGCGCUCCCUACGGAGAUUACUACAAAUUCAUGAAGAAGCUCCUGGUGAUGAAUCUAUUUGGCACACAAGCCCUGGAGCGGUCACGAGCGAUCCGUGCUGAUGAGCUAGAGCGGUUUUACGGAGACCUGCUCGACAAGGCGAGAAAGAAAGAGAGUGUUGAGAUCGGCAAGGAAGCAAUGAAACUCACUAACAACAACGUGUGCAGGAUUCUCAUGGGGAGGACCUUUUCAGAGGAGAAGGGUGAGGCGGGAAGAGUCAGGGAUUCGGUGAAGAAGACAAUGGGCUUGAUAAGAAAGGUUGUCUUGUCAAACACGUUAGGUAAGCCGCUUAAGAAGCUUGGCAUCUCACUCUUCGGAAAAGAGAUUAGGAGGGUCUCUCACGGAUUCGAUGACCUGCUAGAGAAGAAUCUCCGGGAGCACGAAGAGAAGAAACCGGAGAAACAUCAAGUUAUGGACAUGAUGGACGUGUUGUUGGCAGCUUCUCGAGAUGAAAACGCAGAGUAUAAGAUCACCAAGAACCACAUCAAGUUGUUGUUUGUAGAGCUUUUCCUUGGAGGCACUGACAGCGCGGGGCAGGUAACGCAGUGGGCAAUGGCUGAGAUUAUCAACAAACCAAGUGUUCUUGAGAGACUGAGACAAGAAAUUGAUUCAGUGGUAGAGAAAACAAGGUUGAUUCAAGAAGCGGAUCUACCGAGACUUCCAUAUUUGCAAGCGGUGGUUAAGGAAACACUAAGACUGCACCCACCAGCGCCUGUUGUGGUAAGGAUGUUCGAACAAGGAUGUAAGGUUGGCGGUUUCUGCAUACCAGAGAAGACAACACUUGCUAAGAAUGUUUACGCUGUGAUGAGAGAUCCGGAUAUCUGGAAAGAUCCCAAUGACUUUAAACCAGAGAGGUUUCUAGCUUCUUCAAGAUCAGAUCAAGAAUCCAUAAAGUAUCUUCCUUUUGGUGGUGGAAGGAGAAUCUGUCCUGGAUUAAAUCUUGGAUAUAUCUUUGUCGAAACCGCUGUUGGAAUGAUGGUGCAGUGCUUUGACUGGAGAUUAAAAGGAGAUAAAGUUGUUAACAUGGAAGAGACUGUUUCAGGAAUGACCUUGACCAUGGCUCAUCCACUGAGAUGCACUCAUCUUCCUCGAACCGUUCCUUUGGCUUAA